CACAUUGAAAUAUACAGCUGUACAGCCAUCAAGAUUGAUAAUCAGAUUCAACAGAAGAUCUCUUUGUUUUUUGGGACCUAGAACUAGCAUCUCUGUUUCCUUAUGUCUGAAACACAGGCUUCCAGGGAGGGUAAUUUUUGGGGCUUCACCAUGUUUCAUUGAAAUGUACAGCUGUGUGUCGUCCGCAUAGCGGUGAAAGUUAACAUUAUGUUUCCUAAUGACGUCACCAAGAGGUGGAAUAUAGAGUGAAAUCAAUAGUGGUCCUAAAAUGCAACCUUGAUUUACAGUUGAUUUGUCAGAGGACAAAUCUAUAACUUUCAGACAGAUGAGAUCUAAACCAGGCCAAUUUGGGUAUGUAAUCUCUCCAACAGAAUGUGGUGAUCGAUGAUACCAAAAAGCAGCACUAAGGUCUAGGAGCACGAGGACAGAUGCAGAGCCUUCGCAAGUACAGUCUCAGUGCUAUGAUGGGGUCUAAAACCAGACUGAAGCGUUUCCGUAUAUAUUAUUCUGUCUACAGGAAGGUAGUGAAAAAACAGCUUUUUCUAAAAUGUUUGAGAGGAGAUUCAAUAUGUAGCGGUCUAUGUACCACAGGAGAACCUGAACGAAGAGAGACACCACGGCUCUUUUUGUUUUUUAUGUCGAUCUGCAAUAGUGAAAAGACUGAUCAGUCUCCAAUGCACCAUCUGACCAGUUGUUCUACACAGGAGCACGAAGAAAGUUUGUUAGAGCAAAGGUUCUCAGCUUUAGAGGCCAGGCACGUUAAGGAGCUCCAGGAUCUUCAGAGGGAGAAACAGCAGUUGCAGGACAUGCUGGAGAGACAGAGGCGCCUGGUCACCCAGCUAAACGGAGAGCUGGGGACCUCCACACACAACAGCACACUACUGCAGAAACAGCAGGCUAUACUGACUGACACCGUGCAGCAGCUGCUAGCCAUGGUCACCCACUGCAACGAUAUACCCACUACACCCAAAGAGGAGCCAGUGAUCUACAGAAACUGUGCUGAAAUCUUCAGAUCUGGGCUCACAGAGAAUGGUGUCCACAGCAUACGACCCCCUAACUCUACCCGCACAGUUAAGCUGUGA